ACACACACACAUGCUUACACCCAUCCCCUCCUGCUGGCAGAGCCGGGCGAUGCAGGAGCAGCAGCAGCAUCUGCUCUGAGACAUUCUGGCGUGACUAACCCACCGUAAAGGCAGGAGGAAAGAAGGAGGAGGAGGAGGUGAAGAUCAGGAGGAGGGGAGGGAGGAGGAAGAGAGGAGGAAGAGAGAGAAGAGGUGGACACAACUCUGUCAAAAAGGACAGCGGAGGACAGGGGAAGGAGAGGAGGACGAGGAAGAGGAGAAGGAAAGGAGAGCAGUGGGUGCUGCAGCCAUGUCAGACACACCUUUGCAGAGGAACGGCACAGCCACAGCACCGAUGUCGUGUGAGGAGGCUCAGCUCCACAAAGAGAGGCUGCAGGCCUUGGCGGAGAAGCGAAAACGACAAACAGAGAUUGAAGACAAAAGAAGCCAGCUCGAUGACCUGGUGCUACAACUACAGCAUCUCAAGUCCAAAGCCAUGCGUGAGCGAUGGCUCCUCCAGGGAAUGGGAGCCGAGGAAGAAGAGGCCCGGCGGAAACAGCUGCAACAGGAUGAAGAACAAGGGAAGAGGCUGGAAGACAUCAUACAUAGGCUGGAGUCUGAAAUCGGUACACUGGAGAAUGAAGAGUCUCAGAUAUCAGCCAAAGAGCAGGUUCUACGGGAACGUCUGAAAGAGACGGAGCGCUCGAUAGAAGACCUGCAGAAGAGUCUGAUGACCCAAGAUGGAAAUGCCACCAGCUGCAUGUCCGCCCCUCUCUCGGACUGCACGGACCCCGAUCCACACCACCUUGUCCUGGCCACGCAGCCCAGGACUGGCCAACCUGCCUCUGGAGAGCACGCCAUACCAAGACCUGCAAUGUUUGCCAUGGAGAUCAACGUUCAGCAUGACCCGCAGACCGGCGAGCAGCGCAUCCUGUCCGCCAACCGCGUGAGCCCGCUGGAUGCGGCCUCACGCGGCAUCAAAGUCUACGACGAUGGCAGAAAAGUGGUCUACGAGGUCACUUCCUCCGGGGGCGUUUCCACCAGCACCUUGGAGAAUGGUUGGAGCUCUGCGCAGGUUGACCAGCUGGUCCAGCGUGCUGCCAGGCCUGCCAUACAAGGAGGAGACGGUGGCCGGGGUCAGGUGGCGGUGACUGUGACCCCGGCUGCCCCGCAGGCUUAUGUUUCUCCAGCAGAUGUUGACGAUCUGUCUCCACCCUCCUGCGCCCCGCCAUCCAUUCCUUCAAGCCCGCCAGCCCAGGUCACCCUCCAGAGGGAGACCCGGCUUGGCAUGAUCCCCCCAUCUUCUCCAAUCACAACCCAGCCCGGCUCCUCGGCCCACCCGGGCGGCGAGCUCACCUCCCAACCCGAGGCCAGCGCUGAGCACCCAGUCACCAUGGUGUUCCUCGGCUACCAGGACGUUGAGGACACGAGCGAGAGCAGGCGGCUGCUAGGUUUUGACGGCGCCGUGAAGGCCGAGGUGGUUCUGAUCGACGAAGACGACGAGAAGUCGCUGAGGGAGAAGACGGUCACUGACAUGUCCAUCAUCGACGGCACGGCGGCCGACCUCGUGUCAGGGCGGCCGGCCACGUCCGAGGCCGUCAGCACGGAACUGUCAUCUGACGGCCGUGAGCCCGACAGUACCUCCUCGCCCCCCGCCAAUCCCGACGCCAACGCGCCCCCCCCGCCCGGCGUCACCCCCGCCACAGGCUACGGCAAAACACCAGCGAUUACCACGACAACAGCAAAUGGGUUUCAAGCUUCAAUGCCGACCAGGCAUCCUCACACUGCCAUGAGAUCAUGGCGGGCAGCCGAGGAUGUCAGUGACACAAUUCCAAGAGAGCGAGCCCUGAAGAGCGUCAGUUUCCAGGAAUCGGUCAGCGUUAUCACCGACAGGCCUGCAACUAUGGAACUGGAGAGCCAGCAAAUCCAACAUGGCUGCCUCAGCAGCCCCACUAACCGAGCCCACAAUGCAGUUGGUGUGAAAGUAGAGGCUUCUGACAGCGAGGUGGUGCAGGAGAUCCGCUACCUGGACCAGGUUUUAGACGCCGCUUCCGAAACACCCACCAAUGGAAACUCUUCUCCGUCAGAACACACCAAACCAAUCACCAUCGAUGGAAACUGUCCUUCUGUCUGCGUGUCGGCCUCGUCUCCCGUCGAUCACGGAUCAGUCAUUGUGGAGGGGCAGAGACAAACCAUGUUCCUGUACCAGGAGGACUCUGCUGUGAGGACCAAUGGCCAUGUGCAGGGAGAGGAGUCGGCGAGCGGCAGGGCGAAGUUUGAGCUGAGAGCGUUUCAGGAGGAGAGACGGCCAGCCAAACUCUUCACCCCUGGAGAGGAGCAGCAGGUCAGGGUGACGAGGAGACGGCCCUCAGGGGAGGUACAGGAGCUGGAGCGUGAGCGUCAGGAGCUGAUUAAAGACCAGGCCGUGAAGAAAAACCCUGGGAUCGCCACCCGCUGGUGGAACCCUCCUCAGGAGGUUCCUUUGGAAGAACAGCUGGAUGCAGAGCAGCUUGAGUCCCUCAAGAAAUACCAGGAGAGGAAACAGCAGAAACAUACUUAUACAUACUCACAGCCCCAGGUGUCAGGUCCUCCCACAAUGGUGACCUUUGACCCAGAGCUAAACAGGAAGGAGGACGUUGUGGAGGAGCAGAUCAACUUCUCGUCUGCUAGGAGGCAGUUUCUGCAAGGGGAGGCAACCAAGAGGGACGUAGCUCCUCACAUAUACUCCGCCAAACCCUUUUCGAAAUCCAUGACUAGAGGCAGCCAGGGGAGCGGAGACAUUGUUGCAGAAACCGGGGAGGGUCACCUGGCCUGGUCUGAUGAAGGAAUUGCAGCAGAAUUUACUCGUGCACGAGCUGUAAUGACAAUCCUGCCUGACGAGGAGGAAGGGAAGCGCCAUUUCCAUCCAGGUUUUCACCCAGAGGAGUCCGACUCAGGAUUAGACGAGUCAUCUGUCCGUUCUCAGGACACUACUGUGUUUAGCUUGGAUAAUGUUUCCGACAGCGGGGCUUCGCUACCACCUACCCCGUUGCCACUUACCCCAGUGUCACCGCCUACCCCCCAGCCCACCACGCCAGUCAAUGGGCAGACCAGUGGCAGUCCAACAGAAGAGGAGCUGGACUACCACGCAGGGGUACUUGUCCAAAAUGCUAUCCAAAAUGCCCUGGCAGCUCAGGAUGGAGAGGAGUGGCAGCCAUCUGACUUGAAUUCUUCACAACUGAGCGCCCCUGUGUCUCCAUCCUCGGCUUCUUCAAGUAGCCCAGAGCCAGUUUCCUCCUCUCCUGUGUCUUCGAGCGGAGCUCCCAGCCUCCAAUCGCCUGUGUCCACCAGUCCUGCUCCAUCCAGCCUGUCCCCUCAGCCAGACAGAGGGCCAGAAGUAAGAGUCGUUUCCCAAGAGAAGCCUUCAGAAUCACAACACGCUCUGCAGCAGCAACAGCAGCCCUCCAGUCCAGCACAGCGAACACAGCUCCAGACGCCUUCUCCGCAGCCUUCUCAGCCCAUCUCGCCACCCCAGAGACCCAGAGAUGGAGGCCCCAGGAUCAAAAUCCAGUCCUCUUACGCCAGAGCCCUCGCCUCUUCCGCCCCGGCUCCCGCCCCUGCCUCUGCCGCACCAGCUCCAGUUCCCAGGCCGACCCCAGUCUACCGUCCCCCUUCUCCCCCAAGCCCGGAGAAACCAGAGUUCAGCUACUUCAGUAAAUACUCAGAGGCAGCUGAACUGCGCAGCACGGCCGCAGCUGCACGAGGCCCCGACGCGGAGGCAGCCAGCGGGCCGUUCCGCCUGCGCUCCAACAAGCAGCGAACUCUGUCCAUGAUCGAAGAGGAGAUCCGAGCAGCUCAACAGAGGGAGGAGGAGCUGAAGAAACAGAGGAAGGAGCAGCCUGUGGUUAUUGCCCGCCCCAGCAACGCUUCCAGCAACAGUCUCGGCCCGGUGAGGACGGGCAUGCGGCAAACCAAGAUCUCCCCAGCAGAUAAGAUGAAGAGCAACAGCCUGCCAGCUAGACUCACACUGACAGCGAAGACAGCCCCAGGAAAGAUCGAGAAAGUGCGACCUGCACCGCCCGUUUCACCCUCACCCUCAGAAGGAGCCCUGUCUGACGCCGGCAGCGAGGACUCUGGAGGACGACCCAAAAACUUCAUGCAGACACUUAUGGAAGACUAUGAAACGCACAAAGUGAAAAGGAGGGAGAAACUGGAGGACAACAGUUAUGCCCGUUUGCUGCUGGCUAACGAGGUAACCACUGAGGUUCUGGAGGCCACUCGCGUCACUAGGAGGAAGAGCGACAUGGCACGGAAGUGGGAAGCCGGUAUCUACGCCAACGAGGAAGGAGAGGAAGAAGAAGAAGAAGAAGAAGAGGAGGAGGAAGAGGAGGAGGAGGAGGAGUAAACUGCUCCUUCCAGAGACAGUUAAAGGACCGAGUGGAAAGGAGGAGGAGGAAGAGGAGAAUGAAGCGAGGAUAGGGAAAGGAAACAGUAUUUAUUUUGCUACUAUAGUAUUCUGAUGAUCACAUGACCCGCUAGCUCGACCAAUGGGGCUCAUCGAAGAGAUGCAUCAAGUUGAGGUUUUCUGACCUGAGGAGUGAAGGCCAACAGUAUGUUAAGAGACUGAACUGAGUAUGUGAGAGACAUUUGAAGUGUUGAGGUGAGUUUGGAGAGAAAAAAAGGUCAGUGAUGCAAGAGACACUUUGGAAUGGUUUUCUGGUGGUUUAAGAGCGCUGUUCCGAAAUGUAUUUGGGAAGAAAGCUUUUUUACUAGUUGGUAGACGUUGAAUGAACUAAAUAUUCAUAGGAAUUUUCAUUUGCCUGUCAUUUUCUUAUUGAAAUAUGGGCUGAGAUCUAAAGGUUAUAUUUUGACAGGUUGCCUGAGACUUGUUGGAAAUGGGUGCUUGAUAAUUACCCCAAUCAUCUUCAAAACGUGUGGAGAUGUUUUCAUUACCAACAGGGGAAGAGAAAAAAAGAUGCAAACGACAAGCAGGUGUGUCCAAAGUGACUAUCAAGAAACCUCUUGACUGAACGUUAAAUGAGAAAAAGGCGAGGCCUAAUUUCUGUCAUGUCAGCAUUAUUUUUACCUUUAUUGGAUGAUGCUGCGGGAAGACUGCCAUGUUUUUCCAGGCACUGAAAACAAAUGGGAGCCCAAGCAUCACUUUCAGAGCACGUAAAGUUUUGUCUUCUGCGUCCUGCUGUGCCACAGUACAGAUAGAAGACACACAUGACGUGUUGGUGGGAGCUUUUGCGAUCCUUUUAAGCAUCUGUAUUAAAUCGUAAGUGCCGACUUGAGGGUCCUUGAACUGUUAAAUGCUAGUGAGGACAUUUGCAAAACUAGCAUCAAGGUUCAACUUUGCCUUAGACCGUCAGUAAUUGUCGGAUGCACGAUAUGUAUGAUGUAUUGUACCUUCUCCUAUUCUGUAUUACUUACAGUCUCAGUAGACCUUAGAGAAAAUACGCAACCACAUUAGAUAGAAAGUCUGUCUAUAAAACACUACUGACUUCAUGUCUAUUAAGUGACGGACAGAUGGGGAAGAGGGAAGCUAACUCCGGGUCAUGUUUGCGUCACUUCAGUCAGACUGUGUAUUAAUGAAAGGGCUGGGUCGGGGGGGUUUCUAUUCUAAAAAAAAAAA